AUGUGCUCAAAGUUCAGACGCGGAUCAUUGGACGAACUGCGGCGUCAGAGAAACACAGAAGUGUCCGGUCCGAGGAUCAGAGACAGAAACACUCAUGGAGUCCAUGCUGCAAAAGUUUCUCUUCCACCGGCGCGCUUCGUCCGCGAGCGCGAGACAGACAUCACGUCACGAACACGCGCUUACGUGCGCGCGUCCAGGCGCCGACAGACACCUGCAGCUGCGAAGGCAUCUGCUCCGGAACAACGCACCAUUCACUCAGUACUUAGUUCAAACCGCUGUGAUUCUUCUGCAACAUCAGCUAAAAAUAACCCUCCACCGCCACAGCGCAGAGCCGCUCAGAGCCGCGCACAGCCGCGCAGAGCCGCUCAGAGCCGCGCACAGCCGCGCAGAGCCGCGCAGAGCCGCUCAGAGCCACGGACUCUCUCCGCAGCCUCCUCUUUAGACAUGAACACUGAAUCAUGGCACCGCUGCCUCAAGUCUAUAGUCCAGCUGAGCAAAGUGCUGAAGCCAGUGCUGAAGCAGUCACAGGGCAGCAGUUACAGAGGCUGCAGUCACAGGGCAGCAGUCUGCACAGGGGCAGCAGACUCCUCUGCUGCAGACCUCCUCUCGCUCAUCAGGCUCAUUCCCAGAGUGGAGCGCACAUUAUUCUCCAAACGGCUCAAAGAGAGUUUUUCCACUUCGCUGCCUUCGUACCUGCAGGACAGAGCCGAGCACUGUGUUUGUAACGUGAUUAAAGGAUACAGCUUUCCAAAAGAGCUGAUCAAACAGAGUAAUAUCCUCGUUACACCGUGUCUGCCUUCUGCCAUCGAGACCUGCAGCUUCUCCGUGGGGGCUUCCUGUUCCCUCGUAAAGCCUGUCCGCCCUCAUUCAUCCCCCGGUCCCUUCAGCUCCGCGGCCACAGACAGACCCCAGCCUCAGUGUGAUAGCUCCGAAUUCCGCCCGCUGAUAAAUGAGCUGACAAGCCCUCACACCACCCCUCAUCCCCGUCCUGCGGGAGGUGGAAAAAAUAGCAGCGUUACAAUCGGAGAAAGACAGAACGAAGAGAGAGAAAUGAAUUGA